UUUAUCUGUACUUUGCUGUUGCAAAACUGUUCAAUUUUUCUUGUUUUAUUUACGGUGAGAUAAACAAUAAAAAAUCAUGACGGAAGUUCACAAUUUAGGAUUAGAUAUUAUUACCUGUCAUGCUUGGAAUAAAGAUCAAACAGAAGUAGCUGUAUGCCCAAAUAGUAAUGAAGUUCAUGUGUAUAAAAAAUCAAAUUCAGGCUGGAAACAAACGCAAAUUUUAGAAGCUCAUCAUAUGAAUGUAAUGUGUCUUGAUUGGGCUCCAAAAACCAAUAGAAUAGUUACUUGUGGUGCUGAUAAAGAUGCUUAUGUAUGGAACCAAGAUGGUAAUGGAAAAUGGAUACCAGCUUGGGUAAUUUUACGAAUGAAUCGUGCAGCAGUUUGUGUAAAAUGGUCUCCCUUAGAAAAUAAAUUUGCGGUUGGAUCGGGUGAUAGAAUGAUAGCUGUCAGUUAUUUUGUAUCAGGGAACAAUUGGUGGCAAUCAAAACAUAUUAAACGCCCAAUUAGAUCAACGGUUACUGCAAUAGAUUGGCAUCCGGACAAUAAAGUAAUAGCUUCUGGAUCAACAGACUAUAAAGUUCGAGUGUUUGGUGCUUAUAUAAAAGAAAUGGAAGAUGCUCCAAGCCCUGGAGUAUGGGGAUCGGAAUCAGCGAUGGGUUCUUUACUCGCAGAAUUUCCAAAUUCUCUCAAUGGUGGUGGUUGGAUUCAUUCAGUUGCAUUUAGUCCUUGUGGGAACAAACUUUGCUGGGUCGCACAUAAUUCUUCUAUAUGCGUUGCUGAUGCAACGAAAGGAAAUGCUGUUAUGAGACUUAAUACAGAACAUUUACCAUUUUUAAGUUGCGUUUGGAUAGGGCCUACCUUAAUAAUAGCCGCGGGUCACAGUUGUAUGCCUAUGCUCUAUUCACUCGAUUUAAAUGGUCAAUUAUACUUCGUAUCGAAGUUGGAUACCUCUCAAAAAAAAGAAGCUGCUGGUAUUUCAGCAAUGAGAAAGUUCCAAUCACUUGAUCGCCAAGCAAGAACAGAAUCUAAUGAUAGUGCUCUUGAUAGUAUCCAUCAAAAUACGAUAACAUGCGUUCGUAGAAUUUCUUCCAGUCAAUUUAGUACCAGUGGCUUAGAUGGACAACUAGUUGUUUGGGAUCUAAAGACACUAGAAAACUCCAUGGCUGGUUUGAAGAUCGUCUAAAUCGUUAAGUUUUCCUUCCUCGUGCUUAGUCACGGUUGUACAUCAACUACAACGAUGUUUUAAUGUUAAAAUAAAUGAAGAAAAUUUCUCAUUUGUCAUGUUAA